GACUCUUGGCUAUCUCUCGUAGAUGGUUUCGUUUACACUUCCAGGCGCUGCGUCUUCGUCUUCAUCGCCACGUGCUGCUUUGACCUUGGGGCUCUGCGAUAACAUACCUCUUUCUUACUCCUCGCUCGCAGAACUGCCCUCACUGCCCCUCCCUCCCUACUUUCCGCAUCCCCACGCGCUCUUACUUCUGCCACUUUGCCGUAGCCUUGCUUGUUGUUUGUUUUUUUAAGGAGACCCACGAGAAGAAAACCCUGCCUACAGUUUAACCCCGUGAUGGCGUCGCGUGAGCUGUUUCGUCGUGGGACUUCCGUGCUGCAUCGACCCGUGCAGCCCCGAGUUGCUCUUGCAUCUCUGCAGCAGGCGAAACGUGGAUUCGCGCAAGAGAGACCUCAAGACAGCUCGACGUCAAAUUGGGGAGCAGGUGAACCGCCCAUCGAUGAGAAGAACACCGAACGCGGGGUUCCUCCGAAAUCUGAUUCAGAAGGCCAAGUGCCCACUCCCAGUCUGAACAGACAGAAAAGCACCCGGGAUUUCAUCAUCACUAAGCGUGAAGAGAAGUUAAAUGCUGCAAAGAAGCUAGAGUUUAAGCAGGUCCAAAGUUAAGCUGCUUUGAGCGCUAAGGAGAACGACUGGGGUUGUGGUUUCACAGACUUCCAAACGUCCGCCGGGAGUCGAUUUGGGGGCAGGAAAGCAGCAAGAGAACGUGAAGGAUCAGUAAGAAGGUUAAAAGUUUUUCAGCGGAGCACACUGCCAAUGGCUUUAAUAUUUCCAAGCAGUGAUGUUGGUCCUCAUUCCAAGGUUUGGGCGAAUUUCAAGCCGUAAAGCUGGAUGUCCUUAUCAACUGAAACCCAGGGCUGUGGAGGUUUAUUGGCGAUGUUAUUAGAUUAGUGUGGUAUAUAUUUUCUCUGUACAUUCCUUGCUCUCUUGAGGUAUGUGUGUUGCAGGUAAGUAGAACGUUGAUGUCCUACAUAGAACAGAUUCUUGUUGAAGUGUGGGUUGUCUUUUUGUUUUCUUUUUUUAAAAUAUGUUUUUGGAAGGAUUUCAUUUAGCCUAUUACUUGAAAUGUCAAGUCUACUGUCUUGUGCAUUUUGUACAGAUUUGUUCAUAUUCUGUAAUAAAUCUUGCCCUUUUUAGUCAAAGGAGAAAUAUAA